UCACCCCCCUGGCCUCCCUGUGUCACCCCCUAUGGACCCCCUCCAUGGAGCACCCCCGUGUGUCACCCCCUCCCUGGGACCCCCUGUGUGUCAUCCUCCCCCAAACGCCCUGGUCCCCCCUUGUGUCACCCCCCCCCACACGGACCUCCCAUCUCUGACCCCGUCUCUCCCCCCCGGCAGGUGAGGCCCCCCGCCCCGGCAUGGCGGAGCCGGCGGAGGAGACGCUGCUGUUCGUGGAGCAUCGCUACGUGUGCUCGGAGUGCAGCCAGCUCUACGGCUCCCUGGAGGAGGCGCUGCUGCACCAGCAGAGCCACCUGGGCCCGGAGCAGCACUACGAGGUGGUGGGGCUGGCGGGCGAGGCCGAGGCCGAGGCCGGGCUGUACCAGGCGCUGGCUGUGCAGGAGAGCAGCCAGUACCAGUGCCUGGAGUGCGGGCAGCUGCUGCUCUCCCCGGGCGAGCUCCUGGAGCACCAGGAGCUGCACCUGAAGCGCCUCAGCCAGGAGCCGGAGGCGCCUGCCAAGCUGCCGGCCUCCAGCCAGAUCCACUACGAGUGCGUGGAGUGCAAGGCCCUGUUCCUCAGCCAGGAGCUGUGGCUGGCUCACCGGCAGGCCCACCGCGCCCCCCCGGAGCCCCCCGCCCCCGAGGCGGGACCCGCCGGCCAGAGCCAGGCGCUGGUGGACCUGGAGCACUCCUACCGCAAGCCGGAGGAGGCGGGGGCAGCGGCGGGGGGGGACGGCUGCGCUGUGCAGCUGCUGCUCUACGAAUGCGGCGAGUGCUUGCAGCUCUUCCAGACGCCCAAGGACUUCCUGGAGCACCAGGCCACGCACCUGGGCGCUGCGCCCGCCGGGGAGCUGGCAGAGCCACCCGCCUGCCCAGCGGAGCCCCCGCAACCGGCGCCGGUGGGCGUGCUGAACGGAGCCGCGCCCGCCCCCUCGGAGCCCAGCAUCACCGCCAGCGACCACAGCUACGAGCUGAAGAACGGGCCUGAGGAGGCGGCGGCCGCGCCGCGCCGGCCCAAGCCGUGGUGCGCCGAGUGCCAGCAGCUCUUCCCCUCGGCACACCAGCUCCAGCUGCACCUGCAGUGCCACCGCCAGGGCGCCUUCCAGUGCCCGCUCUGCAGCAAGGUGCUGCCCACCCCGCUGGCCCUGCGGCAGCACCAGAGCGAGCACAGCGGCGAGUCGCACUACCUGUGCUUGGACUGUGGCCUGGCCUUCGACACCGAGGCCGUGCUGCUGGCCCACCGGCGCGGGCACUCCCCCAACCCCCUGCACCGCUGCGCCUGCGGCAAGGCCUUCCUCAACAUGACCAAGUUCCUCUACCACCGCCGCUCCCACGGCCCCCUGCCGGCCCCCCCGCCGGAGCCGCCCCUGCCUGCCCCGCCGGAGCCCCCACCCGCCCCGCCGGCGCCCAAGAAGCCGGACGACGUUGUGCCGCUGGCCAUCAUCUACUCGGUGGAGAACGCGGAGGCCAACGGGCCCAGCUUCCGCUGCCUGAUGUGCAGCAAGGUCUUCUCCAAGCACCUGCAGCUGGUGCGGCACCAGCGCUUUGUGCACAAGCUGGAGCGGCGCCACAAGUGCCAGACCUGCGGCAAAAUGUUCAAGAAGAAAUCGCACGUCCGCAACCACCUGCUGACCCACACGGGCGAGCGCCCCUUCCACUGCAAGGAGUGCGGCAAGAGCUUCAACUCUCAGGCCAACCUGCUGCGCCACCGGCUGACCCACACGGGCGAGCGCCCCUACCGCUGCGAGAUCUGCCAGAAGGCCUUCACCCAGUCCUCCACCCUGCAGCAGCACCUCUUCGUGCACAGCCGCCACUACCCCUACAAGUGCCAGGAGUGCGGCAUCAACUUCCACCGGCCCUACCGCCUGCUCAUGCACCGCUACCACCACACAGGCGAGUACCCCUACAAGUGCCAGGAGUGCGGGCGCUCCUUCCUGCUCCGGCGCCUGCUGGACGUGCACCAGCUGAGCCACGCCGGGCGGGAGCCCCAGGUCUGCGCCGGCUGCGGCGCUGCCUUCGUCACGGCCCUGCAGCUCCGCGAGCACAAGUGCGGCAAGGUGAGCCGGCGCUUCGAGUGCCCCACCUGCGGGAAGAAGGUCAGCUCGGCCGCCCGGCUCCGCGCCCAUGAGCUGCUCCACGAUGGGGGGGCUGUGGCCUCCCCAGAGGAGGCGGCCCCCGCCCCGCCCCCGCCGCCCCCCCCGCCCCGCCGCGCCACCUGCCCCAAGAGCUUCGAAUGCGCCGACUGCAAGAAGCUGUUCAGCACUGAGACCUCGCUGCAGGUUCACCGGCGCAUCCACACCGGGGAGCGGCCCUACCCCUGCCCGGACUGCGGCAAGGCCUUCCGCCAGUCCACCCACCUCAAGGACCACCGGCGGCUGCACACCGGCGAGAAGCCCUUCAAAUGCGAGGAGUGCGGCAAGGCCUUCACCAUCGCCGUGCGGCUGGCCGAGCACCGGCGCAUCCACACCGGCGAGCGCCCCUACCACUGCGCCGACUGCGGCAAAGCCUAUCGCUCCUUCUCCAACCUGUGGAAACACCGCAAGCUGCACCAGCAGCAACGCCUGCAGAACGAGCAGGAGGCCCUGGCCGAAGCCGCUGCCGCGGCCGCCAUGGCAGCCGCCACCGCCCCGGACUACGGCAACACCCUGACCAUCAUGGAGACGAUUGAGAUCUACCCCGCUGUGGCCACCGAGCCCGAGGGCGCCCCGGGAGGCCGCCUGGAGAAUGUUCAGCUGGGAGGGGUCUGAGCCGGGAGAAGGGGCCACGGCGCGGACAGAGCCUCCCCACCCCACCCAGCUCAUGCUGAAGCUCUUGGCUGGUGGCCACACGGCUUCUGUUCUAGCCAUGGCUGGGUCAUACGUGGCGACAACUGCUUCUCCAGCUCCCCCUUGCGGCCACGUGGCUCCUUGGGGCCACGGCGCUGCCCCCUCUGGUUCCCCCUCGUGGCCACGUUCCAGGGCCACAUGGUUCCUCCUAGUCACAGCGCUGUGCCUGAGGCCACGCGGCUCCCUCUGGCCACGGCGCUGCCCCCUCUGGCUUCCCCUCGUGGCCACGUCCGUGUGCCUGGGGCCACGUGGCUCCUUGGGGCCACGGCGCUGCCCCCUCUGGCUCCCUCUCGUGGCCACGUCCCUGUGCCCGGGGCCAAGUGGAUCCUGGCCACGGCGCUGCCUCCCCGCUCCCCCCCAGCUCCCCUUCGUGGCCACACUUAUCACCAGGGCAGUUCCAUUUGCUUCUCUGGCUGCCACCCGGGGCCGUGUCCUCGCUGCCAUGUGGCUGCAGCUCCAGGAACACCCCCCGCCCCACAACCCGGCCCCAUCCCCCAUGCCAGGCUGUGGCAGCUGCCCCCUGACCCCAAGUAGCUCACUUUUUCUAUUGACCCCCCCCCCCAGCCAGCCAUCCUCCCCACGUAAAUAACAGCCCCCCCUACUUUUGCUAACUGGACCCCUCCCUGGGGGGGCAUUUUGGUAUCUGUGUUACAAUUAAACAUGAGUAAACAAU